AAAUACAAAUUCGUACGAAAUAAAACUUAUUUGUUGAAGUCUUAUCUUCUUCAUAACUUACAGUCUUCCAAAGUUUUUCAGGUGCAAGGAAAUGGCGGGCAAAGGUGGGAAGGGUUUAUUAGCCGGGAAAACAACUGCGGCUGCAGCAGCUGCAGCUGCUAGUAAGGAUAAGGAUAAGAAGAGGCCGAUUUCCCGCUCUUCGCGAGCCGGAUUGCAGUUUCCUGUAGGAAGAAUCCAUCGUCAUCUCAAAACAAGGACCUCUGCCCAUGGAAGAGUUGGAGCCACUGCCGCUGUUUAUUCGGCAGCUAUUUUGGAGUACCUAACUGCCGAAGUGCUUGAGUUAGCCGGAAACGCCAGCAAAGAUUUGAAGGUGAAGAGGAUCACCCCACGACACUUGCAGCUUGCCAUUCGUGGUGAUGAAGAGCUUGACACUCUCAUCAAGGGUACCAUUGCUGGAGGUGGUGUUAUUCCUCACAUUCACAAGUCGCUCAUCAACAAAACCACAAAAGAAUGAGCCACCAACCAUUCUCAUAGAUGUUCUCUUUUUAGCUUCAACAAAACUCUUUGACUGUUUUAGUAAAUUAGCUUAUUAUGGGAUUUGUGGCAUUUGGCAAGGAUUUGUGUAGUUUCACUUUUUUUUUUAACUUUAUCUAAAUUUUAGGUUUUAGACUUCAUGACUUCGUGUACAUGGUUUGCCUGCGUAUUAUCUUUGGAUUCUGGUUUGCUUCA